AUGACGGGGCGUGUGGUCGAUCUGGUCUUAAAGGUUCCUGUUCUUCUCUCUCAUGGGGCAGGGUCCGGCAGAGCUGAGGCAGGUGCGAUGGAGCUGAGCAGGAUUGUGGGGGGCUCCGUCACUUUCCCUCUGGGGAUCCCAGCAGAGCAAGCUAAAGGUGCUGCCUGGAUAGUAAACACAACGAGGAGUAUAGUAAAUGUAGGAGAAGGAAACCCCCCCACAUUCACUGUGUUAGACCCAUCCUAUGAGGGACGCGUGAGAGUCCCCGAGAGCAACUCGCUUCAGAUCACCAGCCUGAGGAUGCAGGACACAGGCACCUACAGAGCUCUAAUCAGCACAGCUCCAGGCACUACCACCAUCCACAGACCCUUCCUGCUACGCGUGUACAAGCAAGUACCGGAGCCAACUGUCCUCUGUGACCCAGUGACCUGUGUGACUGAAACCUGUAACUACAACCUGCGCUGCACCGUCGGGGAUGGAGGGGACAAUGUGACCUACAGCUGGACUCACACAGCAGGGGGCGCUGUGGUACCCAAUGGGUCCGUUCUGCACAUCUCUCUGAGCCCCCGGGAUGCUCCCCUGGCCGUCACCUGCACAGCCCAGAACCCCGCCAGUAACAGCUCCGCAACCGCCUCUGCAACGGGCCUUUGUGCAGGGCCCGGCAGAGCUGGGGCAGGCGCGAUGGAGCUGAGCAGGAUUGUGGGGGGCUCCGUCACUUUCCCCCUGGGGAUCCCAGCAGAGCAAGUUACAACUGCUGCCUGGACAGUAAACACAACGAGGAGCAUAGUAACUGUCGGAGCAGGAAACCCCCCCGCAGUCAUUGUGACCGACCCAUCCUACGAGGGACGCGUGAGAGUCCCCGAGAGCAACUCGCUUCAGAUCACCAGCCUGAGGAUGGAGGACACGGGCACCUACGGAGCUCAGAUCACCACAGUUACAGGCAUUUCCACCAUCCACAGACUCUUCCCGUUCCUGCUGCGCGUGUACAAGCAAGUACCGGAGCCAACUGUCCUCUGUGACCCAGUGACCUGUGUGACUGAAACCUGUAACUACAACCUGCGCUGCACCGUCGGGGAUGGAGGGGACAAUGUGACCUACAGCUGGACUCACACAGCAGGGGGCGCUGUGGUACCCAAUGGGUCCGUUCUGCACAUCUCUCUGCGCCCCCGGGAUGCUCCCCUGAAUGUCACCUGCACAGCCCAGAACCCCGUCAGUCACAGCUCCACAACCGCCUCUGCAACGGGCCUUUGUGCAGCCCCGGCCUCCUCGCUGUCCUACUGCCACCUCAAGGGGAUCGUCCUGCUGCUGGUGCUGGGAGCCCUGAGCGCCGGGAUCAUCGCGGUGCACGUCCUCCCCGGCAGGGAGCGGAGACGGGACUGAGAGCAGAGGAGCUGCCACAGCGCCUGCCAAUCCCGCCUGGGCGUUCCCAGCCCCCCAGCCCGAGGAUGCUCCGGGGGCCGCUCGCUCGCAGCUUCCGACGGGUGAAUGUCACUGAGUGGGAGGAGGGGAAGUAUCGGGUCCCUCUGUGGGGCGGGAGAUGUGGUGGAGAAUCCGCCCUGCUCAGUGGCGCCCUCUGGCAGCCGCCGGCAGCACAACAGGUGCGCCUGCCUCAGUUUCCUCCCAUCCACCUUCUGAAAAGACCCCAGUGUCUAACCGUACCCCUACCUGGGGCUGAUGUAUUGUCCCAGCGUGUAAACCUUUCCCAGUGACUCCCUGCCGUGCCCGCUCCCCCCCGGGCUCUCCCCCCUCCAUGGCACCCGGCUCUCUGGGGACAGGAGCUCACCUCCAGCUGCACCUGGCUAAUGCCCCAGGCAGGCCGGCCCCGGCCUCUGGCCGUUAAAGGGGCCAAACACCCUGUCACGGAGGCACUUUCCCUCCCACUGUGCUCUGGGGCCGAUGACUGCGCAGGGCAGGGCGAUGGAGAGCCAGGAACAAGGGGUUUGUCCCGGGAGAAACUCAGCUGCCUUGUGAACCCAGGACUGGCCCUAAAAACAGGGGACUCCAGCCUGGCGUAGACCCAGCUGCUGCACCAGUGUCACUGCAGAUCAGUGGGGUGA